AUGCCUCGACUCCUCAAGUUCUUUGGUAAAUCCACCAUGACGCGCCGUCACUUGGAUGACUGUGACUGGAGCAUACCUCUCUCUAUAACUAAAAGGCGAAGAGCACAAACUCCUGGAAAGCUCUCGCUACUUCUUGCUUGCCCCGUCGAGAUCCAACUCAGCGUCUUGGCCUUUCUAUUCAAGGAGGACUUGGUGGCCUUGUCGCUUGUCAACAGGCAUCUCGCCAAUAUCGCCCAGCCGAUUCUUCACAAGGAAGUGGAUGUCAGUUGUCCUACCCGCGGUACUAAAGGCGAACCCAACCCACUGGUCCUCGUGGUCCGAACCCUUCUCGCGCGGCCUGAUCUUGCCCAGGCUGUUCAGCAUCUGCGCUUCGAUGGAUAUGACUUUCCCGCAAGAAAAGUUGAUGUGAUCCCGACCACUCGUCUUACCCACCUCACACGAAACGACAAGGGAAAAGCAGUGGAGCUGAUUCGCUCUUCGGGUCUCGAAGACGCAAUUGGCUGGGCGAAAUGCUUCCUCGGGGGUCAAGUUGAUUCUAUAGUGGCGCUUCUGGUGGCCCUUACGCCUAGAGUCAGAACGAUCUAUCUUGGUGAAGACUUCUCUGUUGAGGUUCACUAUCUCCGACUGCUGUUCGAGCCUCAGCACCUCACUGCUUUAAAUACCAGCAGCUUGCAUAAGUUCGAGUAUCUCCGCGAUGUUACUGUGAACAACCACGCCGCAACUUAUUACCAUAGACGCUUCGACUUCACCAACGUUUUCCAAAGCUUCUUUCAUCUUCAUAUGCUUGAUAGGCUCUACAUCUCUGGCAGCUUCCCUGAGGAUUCACGGCCCGUCGUGGCUGGCAAGAAGCUGGAACAUCUGAGCCGGCUAGACCUGAAAAGGAUUGGCGAAGCCGAGCUUGAGCAGAUUCUGUCCCUCGCACCCAACCUCACAAACCUGGCAUAUACUUAUGCCUGGUAUUCAAAGACAGGGGAUAGCUCCACUCAGCCUCUGACACUGGAUCUGAGCACACUGCGGAAUUCUCUCGAAGGCCACCGGCUCAAACUCAGAUGGCUGGAGCUCCUCGCCAUCGACAACACUGACGUCUUGAAGCAAAAUACGCUUUGUCCUUUGGGUCUUCAAGGUUCCCCUCUGAAGCUACAUGACUUUUCUAAUCUUCGCAUCGUUUUCAUUCCGUGGAUCUUCAUCAAUGGCCCGUCGCAUGGGACGCACACCUCACCGCUACAAUACGUGAUCCCGAAAUCAGUCGUGUUUCUGAGCUUGACGGAUGACCUGCACAGACAGCCAUACUGGGGCUGGAAUAUCAAGGACAUCAAGCGGAUGGUGACCGACUAUCUGCAGUAUGUGAAGGAGGCGAAGACUGCCCUUACUGCGUUAUACAUGGUAGGACCAUUGCUCGGAGAGGCCUGGACAGCUAAAGAGUCCUUUUCGACAAGAACGCUUGCUCGUUCUGCCGGUGUCCGCUUUAGUGCAGUGACGAUGACUGUGGCCGAGAACAGGGAGUCCGGCGAGGUGAAGGAGCGCUAUCGUCGCUAUGGAAAAGGUCCGCGAGGGGCAUAA